AUGGGUACAGUUUUCUCCACCAAUUCUUAUCUGCAAUAUAAGAAUGACUUUGAGCUGGUCAUUCGCGCAACAAAGGAUCUGGAACACCUUUUGGAAACUCAGUUUGGUGCCCCUAAUGGGAAGACUGUCGGCUUGCACGACAAGAUUACCCAUGCAGAACAGACGGCAGGACUGUCCAACGACACAGUGCGGAAGAUGAGACGUCUUGUCACCAUCCGAAAUAGAAUGGUCCAUGAGCAUGGAUUCAAUGCACUACCAGAUAGAACUCAGUUUGCCAAAUCGUACGACUCCGUGGAACAAGAACUGAAGGAUGUCUUGAAAAACCGAAAUGGUUCAUCUUGCGUCAUUUGCUAG